UGCCCUCUUGUUGCAGCUGGGUUUGGCUGCGAAGGGAAGGGAGUGAGCGAAAACAGGAGUCUCUUAACCACACCGUGGCCCAAACCAACAGCUUGCCUCGCUGCUUUCGAAAACACUGUCAGAUGUUCUCGGUUUCAAAGGUGUAUUCCGGUCCAACCUUCCAUACUACACGCUGGUGCCAUCACGGAAAUAAUAGAUUCACAUACUAUAAACGAGAAUAUUCUAGUGGUAGAUUAGCAGUUUCUUUAUUUUUGAGAUCAAUUUUUCCAAAAUGCAUCCUUUCCCUUUCGGGCCCGUUAUCUGUUAGCAGAGUUCACUCCACUUGUUACUCCACACGAUGUGCUUAGUUUGGACGAACUCUUCAGCGCGCUGCGCUGCGCGCAUUUCCUGCGCAAAGAUUGUUUCCAGCAUUGCAGAACAGUCGAGAUAAAUGCUAUGACCGCAGGCCCUGGGCUGGGCCAAAAGAAAGACGUUGGCUUUUAUAUCCUGAAUAACCUCCUGUACUCUAACGUUAGGGGAAACCUCCUCCCUCGGACUGCUCUGGCAGACCCCAGUGCCCAAGGCGCUCCAGAGAGGGGCGGAUCCACUUAGCUGCGGAGGUUGCUCGCUGGCUCCAGCAUUGCAAACGAGGAGGACGCGAAGGGCGGCUUCUCUCUCUGGCUUUCUGGGCUGCUGCUGGCAAAUCUUCUGCCAGACCGGGAGGAGGCCAUGCUCCGCGAAGCCCUGAGGCUGCUCCCGCCAAACCUGUGCCGGGGGCAGCCCGCCGGUGCGCUCCUCUUCGCCCGCGGCUUCAGCUCCGAGAGUUGGAAAGAAAAACCAACUUCUCUAGAAGCAAGAUGGAAAGAUGCAGCAGACACAGUCAUUAUUGGCGGCGGUUGUGUUGGUGUGAGUCUUGCCUACCACCUGGCAAAGGCUGGCGUGAAGGACGUGGUUCUUUUAGAAAAAUCUGAACUUACUGCUGGGUCAACUUGGCAUGCAGCAGGUUUGACAACAUAUUUUCAUCCUGGAAUAAAUCUGAAGAAAAUUCAUCACUACAGCAUCAAGCUUUAUGAACAAUUAGAAGAAGAGACAGGACAGGCUGUGGGGUUUCAUCAGCCAGGAAGUAUUAGAAUUGCUACAACACCAACAAGAGUGGAUGAAUUUAAGUACCAAAUGUCUCGUGCUGGGUGGCACCCAGCAGAACAAUAUCUUCUUGGGCCAGAGAAAGUACAAGAAAUAUGCCCUUUAUUUAACAUGGAAAAGAUUUUGGCUGGCUUGUACAAUCCUGGAGAUGGUCAUAUUGAUCCUUAUUCACUCACUAUGGCCUUGGCCACAGGAGCCAGGAAAUAUGGUGCUCUGUUAAACUAUCCGGUGGAAGUAACAAAUCUAAAAUCUCGAUCAGAUGGAACGUGGGAAGUUGAAACUCCACAUGGAAUAAUUCAAGCAAAAAGGAUUGUGAAUACAGCUGGUUUCUGGGCUCGUGAAAUAGGCAAAAUGAUUGGACUACACCACCCGCUCAUACCAGUACACCAUCAAUAUGUUGUAACUGCAAGUAUCCCUGAAGUGAAAGCCCUGAAGAGGGAAAUGCCCGUGCUACGUGAUUUAGAAGGUUCCUAUUAUCUAAGGCAAGAGAGAGAUGGGCUUUUAUUUGGCCCAUAUGAAAACCAAGAAAAAAUGAAAUUACAGGAAUCUUGGGUAGAACAUGGAGUCCCACCAGGUUUUGGAAAGGAGCUUUUUGAGUCUGAUUUGGACCGAAUAAUGGAUCAUAUUGAGGCUGCCAUGGAAAUGGUCCCAGUCCUGAAAAAAGCAGACAUUAUUAACGUAGUUGCAGGCCCCAUAACAUAUUCUCCAGACAUUCUGCCUAUGGUGGGACCACAUCAGAGUGUUCGAAAUUACUGGGUGGCAGUUGGUUUUGGAUAUGGCAUAAUUCAUGCUGGUGGCAUAGGAAUGUAUCUCAGCAACUGGAUGCUCAAUGGGGAGCCGCCUUUUGAUCUCAUAGAGGUAGAUCCAAAUAGAUACGGAAAAUGGACAACCACACAAUUUACAGCCGCAAAAGCAAGAGAGUCUUACGGAUUUAACAAUAUUGUUGGGUAUCCUAAAGAAGAAAGGUUUGCAGGGAGACCUACAGAAAGAGUCAGUGGACUCUAUGAGGACCUUAAGUCUAAAUGUUCCAUGGGAUUCCAUGCAGGAUGGGAGCAACCUCAUUGGUUCUACAGAUCUGGAGAUGACAUUGGAUACAAGCCUAGUUUUCAACGCACAAACUGGUUUGAACCUGUGGGUCAUGAAUAUAAGCUAGUGAUGGAACAAGUGGGUGUGAUUGACCUUACUCCAUUUGGCAAAUUCAGCAUCAAAGGUCGUGAUUCUGUUAGACUUUUGGACCAUCUGUUUGCAAAUGUGAUUCCAAAGAUGGGUUUCACAAAUAUAAGUCAUAUGUUGACUCCAAGAGGUAGAGUUUAUGCGGAGCUUACAGUCUCUCAUGUGAAAGAAGAGGAAUUUUUGUUAGUUACUGGUUCUGGAUCAGAGCUGCAUGAUUUGAGAUGGAUUGAAGAAGAGGCUGUGAGAGGACAAUAUAAGACUGAGAUAACAAACGUUACAGAAGAACUUGGAGUCCUUGGUGUAGCUGGUCCAUAUGCACGGAAAGUCCUCCAGAAAUUAACAGGAGAGGACCUUGGUGAUGCUGCAUUUCCUUUUCUGCUAUGCAGGCGCUUAAAGAUUUCUGAUAUUCCUGUUACUGCAAUUAGAAUUUCAUACACAGGUGAACUGGGCUGGGAGUUGUACCACAGGCGAGAAGAUUCUGCAGCUUUAUACUGUGCUAUCAUGGAAGCUGGCCGGGAAGAAGGAAUUGACAACUUUGGGACGUAUGCACUGAAUGCAUUGAGGCUAGAAAAGGCUUUUCGUGCUUGGGGAGCAGAGAUGAAUUGUGACACCAAUCCUCUGGAAGCUGGGCUGAAAUAUUUUAUAAAGUUGAACAAGCCAGCAGACUUCAUAGGAAAGCAAGCACUGAAGCAGAUUAUAGAAAAGGGACUAGAGCGGCAGCUUGCGUAUCUCACCUUGGAAACAGAUAACGUUGAUCCAGAAGGAAAUGAAAGUGUCUGGUAUAAUAACAAGGUUAUCGGCAAUACUACAUCUGGAACUUACAGCUAUGGUACUCAGCAGAGUCUGGCUUUUGCAUAUGUCCCUGUGGAACUCAGCAGAGUUGGACAGAAAUUAGAAGUUGAACUCCUAGGCAAAAAUUACCCAGCCACUGUAGUGCAAGAACCACUGGUGAUGACAGAACCAACAAGAACUCGGCUUCAGAAGAAGGGUGGGACUGCAAAAGGCUAAAGAAGGCAGACGUGUCAUUCUUCAGUAUGGUAUAUAUGAUUUAUGUAUAAAAUAUGGUAUUAUUCACAGAUGCUUCUCAUACAGAGGUAUGUCCCAUUUUUCAUCUACAGAGAGAAUUCCAGUCGGUAAGCUUACUGAUCACUAAGAAGAAAAGAGAGGUCUUCUUUUAAUAAGUUUCUCAUGAAGAAAGAUUUCAGGCUUAGGAUAUUUACUUCUAAUCACCUUAGCUUAACUGUUCUCACUAAAUAGGAGUCAGUGCUUUAAAUAUUUGAUAAAGUAAACUUACUAUUCCUAAAAAUAUAAGAGCCCUGAUAGAUUUGAUGAGUUCUGUCUAUCUAGUCAAGCAUCCUGUUUCACACAGUGGCCAGCCAGUUUUGUCUGGAGGUCAACAACAUGGCUUAGAGGCCUGGCACUGGUAAUCAAAGGUUUGCUGCCUUUGAAUGUGGGUUCUUUUUAGUAGCCACUGACCGAUCCAUCCUCCAUGAAUCUGUCCCUUGUAAAGUUGUCUAGGCCUGUAGCCUCUGGUAAUGAAUUCUAUACUUUUUUUGUUCAUAUGACUAAACCCCAAUAAUAGGUGAGGAGUAUUUUGAGGCAUGCCAUACAAUCUACGGCAGCCACUCCUGUGAAUCUGGUUAGCAGUUAGUAUAAACUUACAGAUAGCGUUAUCUUCGGUGCUUUGUGCACAAAUAAACUUGGCAAUGUGAGAUAGACACCAUUUGUGCUGAAGGUGAACAACUGUUUACACCAGGCAAGGGUAAUAGCUGCCGUAGUCUGCUUGUGCUGUGGACCCCUUACUGAAUCAAACAAAUUCAUAGUAAUGUAUGUGGGGUAAAUGAUAUGCACUACAUCACCUUCCCCAGCAGAACCUUGCUGCAGAGAUUGCCCCAGAAUAAUAAAAAUUCACCCAUUACACAUCUGUUGAUCUGACACCAACUGUUAAAUGACUCCUGGACACUCAAUGCUCCUUACCACAAAGCAAUCAUUACAAAUGACUUUGUGGACAAAAGCAUCAUUUUGCUGCUUAGACUAUAAUGGGAUUAGAUGCUACUGCUUAUUUCUUUAUGUGGAGCUGAAGAUCUUUAGUGGAGAACUGGUCUAGAAUGAGUUGGGGGCGGGGGUACAUUAGAUGAUACAUAAAAUCCAUGUAGUGACUUUUGAAUAUUUUUGGGGCAGCUGACUUAGCCCAACGAAGAUUUGAAAGGGAAAAAGAAUUCAACUCAAAUAAAAAAAAUUCAAAGAAGAAUACUUUUCUACAUAUUUUUGCAUGUUUACAUAAAUGCGGUCAAGGUGAUCCAAGCAAGGGAUUUUCAAGUGAGAAGCAGAGGUGGCUUGCCAUUGGCAUUUCUCUGCAUAGUCUUCCUUGGUGGACUCCCAUCCAAGUAUCCAAUCUCCUUAUCUUCUGAGAUCUUACAAGAUCUGACUGUUCCAUGCUAUCUUCCACUCUGUAUGUAUUUUUCACAGUCAACAAAUAGAUUACCGUAUAUACUCAUGUAUAAGUCGAGUUUUUCAGCACAUUUUUGUGUGCCUUGCUGAUAUUAAAUUUAUUGCAUAACGGGCCAUAUUAGUGUCCUUUCGCUUGGGUUGUACAUCAGAGGAAUACACAGAUCACUUGGAUUGCACAUCGGAGGAGUACACAGUUUUAAAAACGCAGUUUAAAAAAAUUACUGUAAUGUACCUUUUAAAAGUUCACUAACUGACAUCAGUACAGGUUGUAAUUCUAGAGAUGUCACAACAGGGAACUGUCACUUUUUUGCAAUCACAUUGCAACACAUGCAGUCCUCAAAGUAACUGAUAUGCUAGUUGGAAGUUCCCCUCCAUUAACAUAAGGAAAGUUUGAGCUGGGAAAAGAUGAUACUCAUUCAGUGGAAACAUGCCUUAAAGAAAGAUGUUUUUGAUCUCCCACAACAUAUUAAUAAUAAUUUCACAUUUUUUGUACUAUACAUGAUUCAUCUGGAAAGAUAAUUGUACUACUAAAAUUCAUUGGAUUACUAAA